AUGUCGGUCAGUGAGAAGCUCCUUGUCUGCCUUCUCUCUCCUGCCCUCCUCAUUGUUACAGCUCAAGUCUCCCCAAUCCAGGUGUCUGGACUAAUAACCCAGUCUGUCAGUCUGGCACCCACUGAGCACUUGGCACAUCCAGUAGAAGAUGUAACAUGGUAUUAUGCAAGCAAUAGAAUUAAAUUCAGAAUAGCAGAUUUCAGGAACCAGCAGCUGAGUAUCCAGCACAGUCAGUUCUCCCAGCGACUGGAGGUUGAUAACAGUGGAACAAGGUUAUGGAUCAGGGAACUGAGGAGUGAGGAUACCGGGAGUUACACAGCAGCCAUUGUACGUCAAGGUACAGGACAAACAGUAGAUCUAACAUUUACUCUCACUGUGUAUGAGCCAGUUCCCUACCCAGAAAUAAAGAUGGAGAAGGUGUGGAUUACCCCUGACUGGUGCAAUUUCACUCUUCAUUGUUCUGCCCCAACAAAGUCAUCAGCUCUGUCCUACAGUUGGAUGUACAGACACAAAGAGCGGUACCAGCCCUAUACCAAUGGUACCACAAUCCAUGUGUCACUGCAGCCUGAAUCCUGGGAUGGGGAGUAUCUGUGCUUCAUACACAACCCGGCUGACCAGAAAAAUGUCUCUAUUUCCCUUCAGACAAUCUGCAAUGAUAACAGCAUCAGAAAAAGCACUACUGGUGGGUACAAUUCAAGAUCAGUUUUGUAA